UUGGUGAGGUAGUUGAGGUGGUGUUGGUGAUUGUUGUGGUGGUGUUGGUGAUGGUUGUUGUGGUGGUGAUGGCGGGCAAUAUGGAGGUCACCAAGAAAUAUGUUGCCAGGAAAAUCAAGACUGUUCGCUGGAAGCCGCCGACCACUGACUAUGGCAGGACGGAUGUCUUUAUUACUGGCAGCUGGGACGACCUGGAUAAUGUUGUGGAAGUAUGGCAGGUGCCGGAGACCGAGGAGGACCCAUCACGUUUGCAUCAGCUGCCUCACCUAGGCAGUGUUAAUGACAUGCAGUACAUCACACGUGACAUGUUUGCAGCAGGAAGUAGCAACGGUGGAGUGAAGUUGUACCAACAUGACAGUUCCAAUCACUUGGAGGAGAAAAUGUCUUGGGACCGAGCACACACAUUUGUAGGAAGUUCUGCUCCAUGUACUGCUCUGGCUACCAAUGGAGACCAAAUUGCCUCAGUUGGAGAAGAUGGCAACCUUGUCAUCCUUAAUCCAAACCAGAAGAUUCCUAUCAGGACCAUAGAGAGUGUUGGUGGGUGCAGUGUUUAUGCUGUAGUUUAUGUGAGAGCCAGUGAAGUUGUAACAGCCAACAUGCAGGGACACCUCAAGUUGUGGGACCUGCGAUCAGCUCAGUCAGCAAGGGCCACACUCCUCAGUCCUGAUCAGAUAGCUGUGUGUGAUCUUGCUAGCCAUCCAACACAACAACAUCUGGUGGCUGCAGGAGGAGAGGAUGGAGCUCUGGCCAUAUGGGAUAUGCGUAAUACCAGCCAGCCCUUCACUAUCAUAUCUGCUCACAGUGGACCAAUUAGUGAAGUAAGAUUCCACCCUGGAGCCCCAGAGCAUGUGUUUACCUGUGGACUAGAUGGCCAACUGAUUCACUGGGAUGCUUCUGCCUCUGCCAGACCUACACACAUACCAUCCUUCAAGAAUACCAGAGACCCAUCAGGAGGAAGCAUCAAUGUGUGGUUAAGUAGUGAUGUGGCUAGAGGAGCCAUUGAGACAGUCAGCGUGAUCCCUUAUUCACCACUACCCAUCAACUCUGUCGAUGUGGAGGGUUCCACUCUGAUUGCCGGCUCUGACAACGAAGCCAUUUACAUGGUUCGCCAAGUUCUUCUAUACUAAAAAAAUAAUUAUGCUGAUGUGGAACUUGCCUCAACUCUACCAGCUUGAAGCACCAUCACUCGAUCACUGUCCAUGAUUGUGUGCAAGCGAUGAGCAAUUGUGAGCACAGUGCAGUCUUUAAACUUUGAUCUAAUUGUCUGUUGAAUUAAUCCA